AUGGGUAGGGGUGAUCAGUUUCUCCUUUGGGAAGAUCCUUGGGUUGAUAAGGGGAUUCCCCUCAAAGACCAAUUCCCAGAAUUAUUCAGAAUUUCUUCCCAAAGAAAUCUCAUGGUGGCAGAUGUGGGAUUUUUUUUUUCUGAAAAUGGGUGGGAUUGGAAUCUUUCUUGGAGAAGAUAUCUAUUUGAUAAUGAGAUGGAGAUAGCUUCCAAAUUUAUUGAUCAAAUGUCAGCAACUAGGCUAAAUAUCAACCUGAAGGACACCUGGGUUUGGAGAGUUGAAGCUAAUGGGAUUUUUUCUACUAAAUCUGCUUACCAAGUCAUUAAAACUAAGCAGUCUUAUGAAGGCCGGCAACUGGGAUUCCAACAACUUUGGGAGAUUAAAAUCCCUCCUAGAGCCUUAUCUUUUUCCUGGAGAUUGUUAUGGGAUAGACUUCCUACUAAGGAUAACUUAACUAAGAGACAAAUCCAAAUUGACAAUGACCUUUCCCCAUUCUGCCAUAGCCAACCUAAAUCUGCCUCUCAUUUGUUCUUCACUUGUGCUAAAGUUCUGCCUCUGUGGUGGGAAUUCUUUUCCUGGGUGAAGGAAGACAGGGUCAUCCACUGCAGGCCAAUGGACAAUUUCCUUCAGCAUUAUUCUUCAGCAGGAUCAAAGGCUUCUAACAAAAGAUGGAAAAUGUGGUGGCUAGCACUUACAAACUCAAUCUGGAAGCUCAGAAAUGAAAUGAUAUUUCAUAAUCAAUCCUUUGAUAUCACUAAGAUGGCAGAUAGUACUCUUUUCCUUUUGUGGACUUGGUUAAGGGGGUGGGAAAGGGACUUCAAGGUAUUCAAAUACUGCAUGUAUGAAAUAAUAGCUAAACUCUUGGCAAACAGGUUGAGGUUAGUGCUGUCCGGGUUAAUUGAUGAAAGGCAGUCAACUUUCAUAAAGAAUAGGCAUAUUCUUCAUGGAAUUCUGAUUCUCAAUGAAGUGGUGGAUGAAUCUAUUUAG